AUGAAACUCGAUAUCGCAAAGCUUUCAGCUUUCCUAGUGGCCAAUUCCACAGGCACUGGAGUUCUGAUCUGCCCCGGUGGUGGUUAUAACCAUGUCUCUAUUGUCAAGGAAGGUUACAAUCCAGCGGCAUACCUUAAUAAGCUUAACAUUGAUGCAUGGGUUCUCGAUUAUACCACGGCAUCUAAUGCCACUACACCUAUUUUCCCGAAGCCUGAGAAUGAGGUCUUCGCUGCUAUUGAGCAGAUUCGCCAUGAUAACCCCAGAAUACAGAAGCUGGGAAUUUGGGGCUUUUCAGCAGGCGGUCACCUUGCAUCCACAACCCUUACCAAUCCCAAGGCCAGCCUAGACUUUGGCAUUCUCGCGUAUCCUGUAAUCACCUUAGAAGGCAACUAUACGCAUGUUGGUUCUCGCGACAAUCUCAUUGGGCCUAAUGCGACGGCCCAGGAGCUACACGAUUUAUCAGCGCAGAACCUGGUCUCUGAUACAACGCCCAAGACAUUUCUAUUCCACACCUUCAACGAUCAAGCUGUUCCAGUACAAAACACUCUCAUGUUUGCUGAAGCUAUGGCAGCCCAUAAGAGAAAAGCUGAGAUUUUGAUCUUACCAGAUGGUCCACAUGGUCUCGGAUUGGCUCUCGAUGACCCCGUACGCAGCUGGACAUCCGAGUUAACACGAUUUCUCACAUACUCAAUCUAA